AAUAACGUGAAUCAUUGAUGAGUCAGCUAUAUAACUUUUGGAUUUAUUUACUAGUGCCUUUAUACCCCCCAAUGUGUUAAAAAUAUAAUUUAGUGUCAUAAUCAUCUCCAAAAAAAAGCCGUAUUGUGUACAUACGUUCAUACGUGUAAGCAGAGCAUACGUGCUCACGUUCAAUAUUUCUUAUCAUAGUAUCAGUGAAAGGUUAAGGAUCAACAGGUUUUAUCAAUUUUUAUUAUGAGUGACGCCUCCCGAUUUCCACAGUAUUCACUUUACUUCAUAAGUUUCACAUUCCAACCACUUCUUAAUGCCGCUAGAGAGUAAAACAUAAACAGUCACCACCUAAACACAAAAAAUGGCAGAUUCCAGCUACAAAACGCGGCUAAUCGAAUUCUUGGAGAAGCACCGUGGCCUAGUCAUCGUCUUCUUCUGUCUUCCCGCAAGCUUCAUUUUCAACACUAUCCUAACCCUCCGAAGGACGCUCCACCGCCUAUUCUUCAGUAGCCCCACACGGCACGACGACCGCAUAAAACAAAUCCAGAAGCAGAUCCAAAAAUGGAACAGAAUUCCCAAAGACGAACGAAAAUUACUGUGCACCUCCCGUCCCAAUUGGUUAAGUCUGUCCACGACGUUCUAUCGAAAGGACCUCUGCCAUCAGAUUGACGUCGACCUGUUCGACAUUCUUGAAUUCGACGAGCAGAAUUUAACAGUACGAGUCGAACCCAUGGUGACCGUAGGCGAGAUCACAAGUUUUCUUAUUCCCAGGGGGUACACCCUCGCGGUGACUUUAGAAAUAGCCGAUGCUACUCUUGGCGGUUUAGCAUUAGGGACUGGAAUGACGACGCAUUCGCAUCAGGUGGGACUGUACCACGAAACGAUAAAGUCGUAUGAAGUGGUUUUGCACGAUGGGAGUUUGGUUCGGGCAGCAGCUAAUGAAAACAAAGACCUUUACCAAACUUUGCCUUGGUCACAUGGCAGCUUGGGUUUCUUGGUGGCGUUAACGCUGCAACUCGUCAAGGUCAAACCCUACGUAAAACUAAGCUACAUUCCAAUUGAAGGUAAAAAGAACUACUGUGAUAUGCUAAGGAUGUUGUCAGGUGACUCCAGUCCCGACCAUCCCACAGCAGACUUCGUCGAAGCUACAAUUUUCGCCCCCGAGAAGGCUGUCAUAAUGACGGGAACCUUCUCCGACUAUGACCCCAAUCUCUCAACCAAUCAUGUGACGAGAUGGUACAAGCCAUGGUUCUACAAAUACACUGAGACUUUCUUCAAAAAAGGCAAACACACUGAAUUAAUACCGCUACGCGAGUAUCUACUAAGACACAACCGUGCCAUUUUCUGGGUGGUUGAGUCUAUGAUUCCUUUUGGUAACAACCCGAUCUUCCGGUUGUUCCUAGGAUGGUUGCUCCCACCCAAACCGGCUUUCCUAAAAUUCACGACCACUCCGGGCGUUAGAGCGUACACGUUCACACGACAAGUUUUCCAAGAUAUCGUGCUUCCCAUACGUAAACUUGAAGAGCAAAUUGACAAAUCUGAUGAACUUUUCGAUUGUUAUCCGCUUCUGGUUUAUCCUUGUAAGGUGUACGAUCGAGGGACGAAUUCUGGGCAGCUGAAGGCGCCACGAAAGGAGUACAUUGUGGAUGGGACGAAUUACGCUAUGUACAACGAUCUGGGUAUCUAUGGAGUGCCUGGGUAUGUCAAAAGGAAGGAAAGAUACAAUCCAGUUUAUGCGAUGAGGGAGAUGGAAAAAUUCACUAGGGAUGUAGGAGGAUUUUCGUUUUUGUAUGCAGACAUUUUUAUGACAAAGGACGAAUUCGAACAGAUGUUUGAUUUAACGUUAUAUGAGAGCGUAAGGAGGAAAUAUGGUGCCGAAGGCUCAUUCCCGCAUCUCUAUGAGAAAGUCAAACCGGAAAUUGACGUUUUUCAAGUGGGGCAACAGUUUGAGAUUAAGUAACAUGGUAACUUUUUAAGAAGUUGCUUAAUUAUUCAUUAAUAAAGUAAGAUUACUAAUUAAAA